AUGGACGGCGUCGAAGAAGCGGAUGUGGUUGCUGUGUUGUUUGGCGGGAGGAAAGGCGAGGGAGUGGAAGAAGAAGUCGAGGAAGUCGAAGAAGUCGAAGAGAAGUCGAGGAGGCGGACGAGAGUCGGAGAGACAGCGAGAGAGACAACAAGAGACAACAAGAGACAGCGAAAGAGAGAGAGAGAGAGAGAGAGAGAGAGACAGACAGACAGAAGCGAGGAAGCAGAGGCAGCGAUGCUUGAUAAAAAAAAAACAAGCGAGAGCCGUAUGCGAAGUAGGCAGAAGAGAGAGGCACGAGAGAGUGCGCUCCUCGGUGGGCUUCAGGGGCGGCCUUAUCUCCUCCUUUGGGAGAUCGAGGCCUGGUUACCGCUAGCUAGUCGUAGUAGUGUUACGAGCGAGAGCGACAGCUUCCAUCGGUCCGUCGACGAGAGAGAGAGGCAGAGAGAGAGACAGGCAGAUAACCGCAGAGCGAUCAUCCACGAGAGAGCCCACUUCGAGGCUGCUCGGUCGUCCUGGCACGGCGAUGUGGCAUCGACCUAG